AUGGUUCAAAAGUCUUUGAAACACAUGGAAAAAGUCGGUGCUCUAUCCGCCGAAACAAAAAAAGGCAGUUUAGAUGCACAUACAGAGUCCAAACCCUCGGCAUCAGAAGCAGUACAAUCGGCAUUCGACUCACUAAUGCAUUCAGCUGCCAUACAUACUAUCACUAAGGAACAGUCAACACCAUUUUUGGAAUCUCCGUUUGUUCAGAUUCAAGCCCAAGUCAGAAUUUGCAUAUCACCAUCAUUUAUUACUACACCGCUGGAAGGUGUCAAAAACUAUCUCAAUACUUUUAUUAUGCGUUAUAUUGCUGAGCUAGAUGGAGUUGUAUUGGCCUAUGAGAAUGUAAAACUUGUUACUAAAAACGGUCAUAUUAUGAACGAAAGCCCAUUUAUAUUCUUCAACGCUCAAGCCAAAUUCACAUUGUUUUCUCCCAAAGUUGGAUCGAUACUUUAUGGUGUUGUCAACAAAGUUUCGCCAGAUCACAUCGGCUUGCUUGUGUACGGUGUAUUCAAUACAUCCAUUCCUUCAAGCCAUAUUUGCAACAAAAAGUUUAGCUGGGACGCUGAAGGUUAUGCAUGGAAAUUUGAAUCUGCGAUUGAUCACUCCACAAUGUUCAUUGCUACCAACUCGAUCAUCAAAUUUUCCGUAGACAGUCUAAUUACUGCCAAUAAAAUGCUUGCCAUCUCUGGAUCUUUGACUAGUCAUCCGACGGAUACCGGCGUGAUUGAUUCGACUGGCCUGCCUAUGCCUACUGUACUUCAACCCGUCGAAUUUGGAAAUGACAUGACUGGUGUCGAAACUGUUCAACCUACGCACUUUGUAUUCAAUGAUGAAGUGGAUGAGCCGGUUGAAGAAUGUAUCAAAGACCAUGAUACACCUACUCACCAUGAAAUAGACACUAAGGAACAAAGUAUCGAUAUAUCAGUUCAGCCUGCCAAACCCAAAACAAUCAAAUCUUCAAGCUCAAAAAGAAAGCGUGACAAUAAGCUAGAAUCUACGUUGUCGACCACACCGAAAAAAAAGAGCAAGAAUACGAAUGUAGCUCACACUUCUGAUGAUAAACUGCUUAAUUCUGCUGCUGGAUAA